AAUGGCAUCAUAGGUGUGACUUCUGGGUAGGAUGGAAGUGCAUGGUGCAUGGACCUCAUCGAUUAUCUCCUAUAUAUUUGGUUUCAGAUUCCAUUCUCUGUAACAUUUCAGCAUAAUUAGUCAGUGCAGUUGAAAUCGAAGAUGAGGCACACUCGAAGCUCCAAGGUUUUUGCAACUUUUGUGCUUAUGUUAAUGAUGACAGGCUUGGGGGUGCAAGGUCAAGGCAAUAGUUGUGGUCUUACCUUUUUUGCAUCACUAAUUCAGCUAAUACCUUGUAGACCAGCAGUGAUUCCUUUUAGCCCCAUCCCACCAAGUGAGACUUGCUGCACUGCACUCAAAGCCUUAGGCCAGCCUUGCCUCUGUGUGCUGGUCAAUGGCCCUCCGAUAUCUGGCGUUGAUCGCAACAUGGCAAUUCAGCUCCCGGAGAAGUGCAGCGCCAACUUUGAACCAUGUUCAAUUACGAAUUAGGAGAUGAUGCAAAGAGCUGGGGAGUAUUAGGUCUGGAAUAAGUGCGUCUUUUAGAGUUAUAGGAAUCCAUCCUUUUGAUUUUGUAACAUUUAGUUAAUAAGAGAGGCUAUCUGUCGAAUCUUUUAAGCUUUGAUUUGAGAUCUGUACUCUAUUUUAGUUUAAUUUGUGUUGUAAUAGAUUGCUAGUUUAAUAAUGGUGUAUUUGCAAUGACAUUGAUUUCUGUCUCUCUCUGUUAUCACCACAUUUCCAUCCCUUGAGCUUGUUAUUAUAUCUAGCGGCAGUCACAUUUGACUCUCGAUAUUGAAAGGU